AUGGGAUCGCUUUACCAGCCAGACUAUUGGGCCUCGGGCUUGGCGAUUUUGAUCGCACUGCUGUCUAUUCCGUUUAUUCGAAAGCUUGUAACUGGCAACCGAAACGCCAAGAAUCUGAACCAAGAUGGCAUCACAUACGAAGACGAUGAUGGAGUGGCGAGUGAAGAAUCAGCGGCUCGGUUUUCGAACAAGCGCCAGUUUAUCGCGAUUUUCAUCAUCACUCUGCUAGCAGUUGCAGUUUCGGUUGCAGAUGCAAUUUUCACAGCUGUCCAGCAAGGAUUCGACUUUUCACGUUCAGCAGUGCCCCUUUUGGGGAUAACUUUACUGGUGCCUGCCUGGAUUCUUAUGCUUUUGCAAUUUGUAGUCGCUUCCAGAGAAGUUGCACCAGUGGCGAGGUUCAACACCGCUGCUUCAAGUCUCUAUUCAUGUGUGUCAAUUACUGCUAUAGCAUCUUUGAAUCUAUAUGAAGUCAACGGCCUCAACUACGGCUACCGCGAUGGACUUUUUGUUACUGCAAUUUUAGAGGGAAUCCAAAUUGCCGCAUCACUGGCUUUGUUUGCAACGGUCUGGUUAAUCCGAAGACGUCCAGAGGUCUUCCGUCCAAAUGGAAAAGUUGUCGAUUCGCUGUUUACAGGCACUCUCUGGGAGAGAUACAGCUUCAGCUGGAGCUUGGGAAUGCUCAACGCCGCUGGCACAGAGAAGUUUGAGAACUCAGACAUGCCGUCCAUGGACCACGUUACGAGAUCGGAAAACUCCACGGCAGACUUUAAGCGGAUAAUUUUCCGGGCAGAUAAGCUUCCUCUGUGGGCGCACAUUACUUGGAAGUAUCGAUGGACAUUCCUUUACCAGUGGUCCAUGAUUCUCUUCACAAACUUUUUCGAUGUUGCCCCCGCCUUUGCGAAUUUACAGCUGCUUCGAUACCUGGAGACGCGCAGCGACAGUGGAGUUAUUGACCCGGUUGCGUGGAAAUGGGUAGCUGCUAUUGUCAUCGCUACAAUUAGUUCACGCUUAGUCGACUCCAGAGUCAUGUGGUCGGAGAUGGCUGAUAUGGUUAUUCCUCUGAGAUCAACUUUGACCGGGCUGAUGUACGAAAAGCUGAUGAGGAUCGAGGACUCACUUCAUGUUCCCAAGAAGGAGUCUUCGGAGGCAAGCGCUGAGGAAUCCGACGAUACAGAGGAACAAGACGGCCAGCCAACUUCAAAAUCCCAGCAGGAUAUCGUCAACAUGUUCUCAGUCGACUGUGAUGCCAUUGCGAGAUUCGGAUCCCAAAGCGCACAGUACGUAAAUUGUGCAGGACAAUUCAUUAUAAUCGUUGCGUUUCUACUCCAUCUUGUCGGUUGGCAAAGUCUGGCUGCAGGAAUGCUAGGAAUAUUGAUCCUCUUCCCCAUCAAUAAAGCUCUCGCAGCGGUCUACGGCAAAAACCAGAAAGUUCUAAUGAAACUUCGCGAUGAGAGAGCCGCUGUCACUACAGAAGCUCUGAGCGGAAUUCGACAGAUCAAGUUUUCUGCGAUUGAAACCCAAUGGACGGAGAAGAUCGAGAGUGUGCGUGAAAAAGAGCUUUCAAUGCUUUGGAAGACGCGACUCGACAACAUUUACAUGGCCUUUGCUUCAGAACUCACACCUAUCGUUAUAACUGCUUUGUCUUUGGCGACGUACUCGUACAUCAACGGGAUCCUGUUACCUUCGGUUGCCUUCACGGCGAUUACGCUCUUCAGAAUUCUUGAAGGCAUCGUGGAGCACAUCCCGCUGUUGUUGGUUACAGCUAUCAAUGCCAAAGUCAGCUGCGACAGAAUUGACAAGUUCUUCCGCAUGCCUGAUAAAGCCGACAACGUUCACCCAGGCGCUGCGAUAUCGUUCAGCAACGCUACCAUCACCUUUCCUUUUGGCUCGGAUGGCCCGUCGGAGGACCAGUUUGCUCUGCGAAAGCUCAACCUAAAUUUCCCCAGCAGUGGUCUAAGCGUAAUUUCGGGACCUACUGGAUCUGGAAAGUCCCUGCUCUUGGCUGCGAUUCUCGGCGAAGCUGAAGUUCUCGGUGGCUAUAUACAGGUUCCGAAAGCGCCUCCUCCAGAGCAGCGAUUCGACAGUAAAGCAACUCCCGCCAACUGGAUCAUCCCCGACGCAAUCUGCUUCAUCUCCCAAACUCCAUGGAUUGAGAAUGCUACCAUUAAGGGUAAUGUGCUUUUUGGCCUUCCGUUUGACCCUGUUAGAUAUCAAAAGGUUCUUGAAGCUUGCGCUCUUGCCCAAGACCUCUCUCUAUUCGAAGAUGGCGACGAAACCGAAGUCGGAGCUCAAGGAAUCACACUCAGUGGUGGACAGAAAUGGCGAUUGACGUUGGCACGAGCUUUAUACUCCAGAGCGGGCAUCAUGAUCAUCGACGAUGUGUUCAGUGCUCUCGAUGCGCACGUUGGAAAGGACGUCUUUGCGAAUGCUCUCUUGGGUGAUCUUGCAAAAGGAAGAACUCGAAUCCUGGUUACUCACCACACUUCGCUCUGCCUACCGCGUGCGGAUUACGCUGUUCAUCUCUCAGCCUCUGGACUUGUCGAACAUGCAGGGUUAGUGGAGGAACUGCGACGCACCAAGGUCUUGAACCAAAUCAUCGAAGCCAAUGAUGCCGCGGAGCCCGAAGACGAACAGGAAGAUAUCGAUGCAGCGAUAGUGAAGACAAACGGUCAACCUUCAGAGACUCCUGCGCCCGCUAAGAAGGCACCCAAGAAGCUUGUCGAGGACGAGAAACGAGAGACUGGAAGAGUCAAAACGGCUGUCUAUGUUGGCUACCUCAAAUCGUUCAGCGGAUAUACUCUUGGCGCUUUUCUUGUGCUGCUAUAUGCCUUGGCUCAAAGUUUCACACUUGGUCGCACCUAUUGGAUCAAAGUCUGGGCUGGUGAUCACGAAGAAGCCGCUGCUACUACUUUCUCACCGCACGUGUCAUAUCAUUACCAGGAGAGACUGCAGACACAGCUGUUUGCUCGACCAGCAAGCUACUUCAACUCAACAGAUGCAACUGCAGGUAUUCAAUCAGAGGCCCAAAUCAGAAGCCUUUGGUUCUAUCUAGGAAUCUAUUGCGCUAUAUCGCUCGUAUCGGUGAUUGUUUCUGUUAGCCGUCUGUACUGUGUCUAUCUCGGCUCACUCCGUGCGUCACGACGAAUCUUCCAGGGCAUAUUGCGCAGUGUACUCCGAGCACCACUUCGAUGGCUGGAUACUGUGCCUACGGGAAGAAUCCUAAACAGAUUCACAGGAGACUUCACGAGCAUGGACGCUUCAUUGGCUACUAACUUUUACUAUUUUGCCAAUGUAAUGUGGGACAUUGUCGGUGUUUUGGUGGCUGGUGUCUUUGUUUCGGCAUACAUGAUCAUUAUUGCGAUUAUCCUCCUAGCAAUCUGCGCUCUCUACGCUCAAAAGUACAUGGCUGCAGCACGAACUAUCAAGAGACUCGAGUCUACCAACAAGUCCCCAGUCAUAUCGCAUUUCGCAUCCUCUCUCAGCGGUCUGUCAACCAUCCGGGCAUUCUCCAAGUCAUCCGAAUUCACCGGCAGGAUGUUCACCCUUAUCGACGACUGGGCAGCUUGCACCUGGUAUAUCUCGGCUUUCCGAAUGUGGCUUAUGAUUCGCAUCGGCAUUACAGCUUCCAUGUUUUCUGCCGUCGUUGGUGUUCUCGUUGUUACCACGCCAAAGAUUGAUGCUAGUUUGGCCGGUUUUGUCCUCUCAUUUGCGCUGAGCUUUGGCCACUAUAUCAACUGGGGUAUCUCUGUUUCCACUCAAACCGAGCUUGAUAUGAACGCAACUGAGCGAAUCUUUGAGUACACAGAUCUGGAAAUUGAAGAACAGGGUGGUGAGGAUGUGCGGGCAAGUUGGCCUGAAGAAGGAAGGAUAGAAGUCGAGAAGCUGGAAGUUGGAUAUGCCGAAGGCUUGCCCUCUGUUCUCAAGGGGUUGAGCUUUACUGCCGAAAGGAACCAAAGAAUUGGAAUCGUCGGCAGAACAGGUGGAGGAAAAUCCACCUUGUCGCUCGCCCUUUUCCGCUUCCUUCACACUCGAUCAGGCAGCAUUACGAUUGACGGCAUUGAUAUUUCCAAAAUCAAGCUCUCCGACUUGCGUACGCGCCUGGCCAUCAUCCCACAAGAUCCUUUCCUCUUCUCGGGCACCAUUCGCUCGAAUCUCGACCCUUUUAACCAGUUCACCGAAUAUGAACUCCAGAAAGCCUUGGUGCGAUCCCAUCUCGUUCCUUCGAGCCCUGGCACGCCAGUUGGCGAAUCAAAUAGCGAGGAUGUAAUUCCAUCUUCCAGUGCCACCAUCAGUUCAGACACGAAUUCUUCUUUGACACUGUCCUCUCCCGUUGCAUCUGGCGGUUCCAACCUUUCACACGGCCAGAAGCAGCUGCUUUGCAUUGCACGUGCAAUUCUUUCACGUCCAAAGGUCUUGCUGUUGGACGAGGCGACUUCGGCUGUGGAUAUGGAGACUGAUAGACUGAUCCAGCAGUCGAUACGUCAAGAAUUUUCCGACUCGACGCUGUUAGUUAUCGCGCAUCGCCUGAGUACAGUGGUCGAUUUCGACCGGAUAUUGGUGCUUAAAGAUGGUGUCGAUGCGGAAUUCGGCACUCCUAAGGAGCUACUGGAAAUAGAGGGUGGAAUAUUCAAGGAAAUGGUCUCCCACAGUGGCGAGAAGGAUGAAUUAGUAAGAUUGAUAAUGGAAAAAUAG